UCCCACUCUCUCUCCUCGAGUGAUAUAUCUGAAGGUUAGAUCUACAAGUUAAAUUUCUAUCGUUUCUACUAAUUGGGAUAAUUGGGAUUUUUGCAGAGUCGCCAUUGAAAAUGACGGAGCCUUCAAAGGUCAUUCAUGUUCGUAAUGUGGGCCAUGAGAUUUCCGAGAAUGAUUUGCUUCAGCUGUUCCAGCCAUUUGGGGUUAUAACAAAACUUGUGAUGCUAAGAGCAAAAAAUCAGGCCCUCCUUCAAAUGCAAGAUGUUCCUUCAGCUGUAAAUGCAUUGCAAUUUUACACGAAUGUGCAACCUAGCAUAAGAGGGCGGAAUGUUUAUAUUCAGUUCUCUUCACAUCAAGAGCUAACAACUAUGGACCAGAACACACAAAGUCGAGGCGAUGAGCCUAAUCGAAUUCUCUUAGUUACAAUACAUCACAUGCUAUACCCUAUAACUGUGGAAGUGCUGCAUCAAGUGUUUUCUCCACAUGGAUUUGUAGAGAAGAUCGUCACAUUUCAGAAGUCGGCUGGUUUUCAAGCUUUGAUUCAAUUUCAAACAAACCAAAGUGCUGUAUCUGCAAGGAAUGCUCUUCAGGGGCGUAAUAUUUAUGAUGGUUGCUGUCAACUGGAUAUUCAGUUUUCAAACCUAGAUGAACUACAAGUGAACUAUAAUAAUGACAGAUCAAGGGAUUUCACCAACCCAAAUCUACCAUCUGAACAAAAGGGGAAAUCGUCUCAACAUGGAUAUGGAGAUGCUGGUGGGAUGUAUUCCUUACAAGCUUCAGGUGCCCAUACUGUUGGAUUUCCUCAGAUGGGGAACGCUGCUGCCAUUGCUGCUGCCUUUCCCGGUGGAUUGCCACCUGGAAUAAGUGGGACGAAUGACAGAUGUACUAUUCUUGUUUCUAAUCUAAAUCCAGAUAGAAUAGAUGAAGACAAGCUUUUUAACCUUUUCUCAAUUUAUGGAAACAUUGUCAGAAUCAAACUACUCCGCAAUAAACCAGAUCAUGCACUGGUUCAGAUGGGCGAUGGUUUCCAAGCUGAAUUAGCUGUGCACUUCCUGAAGGGAGGUAUGCUGUUUGGUAAGCGGUUGGAGGUGAACUUCUCGAAGCACCCAAACAUUACCACGGGACCAGAUACACACGACUAUUCCAACUCUAAUCUCAAUCGUUUCAACCGUAAUGCUGCCAAAAACUACCGAUACUGUUGCUCCCCUACCAAGAUGAUCCACCUGUCCACCCUCCCCCAGGACGUGAGCGAGGCCGAGAUUGUAUCCCACUUGGAGGAGCACGGCACCAUUGUCAAUAGUAAGCUUUUCGAGAUGAAUGGGAAGAAGCAGGCUCUCGUUCUUUUUGAAAACGAAGAGCAGGCUACUGAAGCCCUUGUGUGUAAGAAUGCCUCUUCCCUCAGUGGAUCGACAAUUCGGAUCUCCUUCUCUCAAUUGCAGAACAUCUAAGAAGUAAUAUUAUUCUCUUCAUGAAACUCUGUAAUCUAAGGAUUUGAAACAGGGGGGUCGGGUUCUUCACUUCUUCUACUCUUGUAUUCAAAUUUGUCAUUGUAACUCUAAUUUCUGCUACAUCUGUACCACCUAUCCUCACCCACAGGAGAGCCAUUUGGUAACAUUUUGUUUCUCAUCCUUUCAUCUCUACUACUGUAAAACCAAAAAAAAAAAGACAAAAAAAAUUACCAGUGUACUGUUUGAUAA